UGGCUUCUGGGAAGGAGGGAACCUUGCGGAGUGGGCAUCACGUGACCGGCGGCUGCUGUCUGCAACUGGCGGGACCUCCACACAUUCUUACCCCCAAAAUGGGCUCCAUAAUUAUCUAAAUCACGACUCAAGUCUUCUCCAACACAUCUUACGAAAAACAACACCCUUCCAUCACCAUGGCGACAGAUGUGAAGACCCCAGACUUCGAUGACCUGCUCGCUGCGUUUGACAUCCCCGACAUGACGGAGGGGAAAGAUGCGUUCGAGCACGGGACAGACCAUGAGACUCCUGCUGAAGGGCCGCGAGGGGACAGCCUCUCCCAGGAUGGAGGAACACUCACCACUCCUGUCAAGCCGAUGCCCCAGCUACAGCGAACACGUGACAUCAUUCCUGAGAUCCGCACCGACGCCAGCCCCGAUCGCAUGCCCAGUCCACUGGAGCCGAUCUUCGACCUCCCCACCAACCAAUCAGAAGCAACGGCCGAUCCCGUCAGCAACCAAUCAGAACAACCGUACCACAUACCGACUGUCAAACCAGAGCCUAGCUCUGAUGCGCCCUCGGUAGCCAUUAAAAAAGAGCCAGUUGCUGAUUCCCCAUCUGACCAAUCACAUCGUAUGUCUGCCCUCACUCAGAACCAAUCAGAACCAUUGAUAGAUGAACUAACCACCCAACCAGAGACUGGUUUAGAUAAUCUCAAAUCUGAAGAGAAGUCCAAAUCACCAAGUCCUCCAGACAUAGCUAGUACCGAGAAGAGUCCAAGCAUUCCCAGCAAAAAAGUAGAUAUAAAGCCAGAAUCAGACAUAGAAAAGACUUCUACCAAAAGUUCAAGUAUAGGAACUGCCAGUUCUAGGAUAGAAAAACUUGUUACCUCCCUUAGAGAUGAUGAAAAAAUUGACGUGCUUCCACCAAAAUGUGACAGUAUAAAGAGCACUGAAACAAAAGUGUCCCCACCAGAACUACAACAGAUAACCAACAGCCAACCCAAAGCUAAACCCGUUGGAGAUGGUAAACUUAAAACCCUUCUCAUGUCAGAACAAAAGACAAACGUUAUGACACCACCUACAGUGAAGAAAAUCGCCCCUAAGCCAACCGAAAAGCCCGAGCCGACAGCUGCCAAGGCAAAGGACCAAGUCGACGAGGCCAAAACUAGUACUAGCAAGCCUUACAACACGAGACCUCGUAAACAGAACUUUAAGUUCACGUUCGAAGACGACUGUGAAUUUGAGGAUGACUUCCCUGAGGAGCCUGAAAGGGAGAAGCAGCCCGCUAAGAGCGUUCCUGUAGGUAACCAGAACUCCAUUGCUGCCAUGCAGCUGAGAGAACUCAUGAGGCAGGCCGACAAAGACAAGAAAGAGAGCGAGGCCGCAUCGGCGGGCCAGGGUUCGAUUCCAAAGGUGCGCAUCACCACCCUGAGAACUUCUCAAGGGACCAUCAUGACAGCUCAGUCCGUUCCGAAACAGACCGUCAUUCCCAACUCUACCAGUAGCAGCAGCGUCGUUCCCAUUGUCAGAACUCUAAGCAGCGCUGCAAUGGGUCAGAUACACCUGGCCCAACCGCAGGGGACAAAAACUUCCAUUGCCUCCAGUCCAUCGACAGUUGAGUCGCCAGGUCAAGUCGCCACCAGGGUGGUCACCCAAGUGGCACCGGCAAAUGCGUCCUCUCGAACGACUCUCAGUGGUACCACCGUACACACGGUGACCAACCUGGGCAUCGCGUCCAUCCUCAACAAGCCGAACCCCGUCUCCACAUACAGCCCCAACCUGAACGUCCCCGCCAAGUACAACUUCUCGGUCCCGAAGAACGGGCACAAGUGCAUGGAGUGUGGGGACACCUUCCUGCUGUACACCAGCCUCUUACACCACAUCCAGCGCAGAAGCAUCAUGAUCACCAUCAACUGUAACAUCUGCAUGAAGAGCAUGCUUUUCCAGAACAAGUGCGCGCUCCUGUCCCACUCCCGCCUACACAUGAACCGCGGGAAAAAGAUGAACCUGGCCUCGGCCAUCGUCACGCCAUUGCUAAAGGAGCUGAUGAACUUGGGACAGGCAAACCCAGUGCACCGCCAGAUGUCCACACCUCUAUAGGUCACUGUUGUCUCCACUGUUAGUGGUACCUCCACCGUUCAAAAAACCACAGUCCAGACUGUACAGACGGCUGUUACCAGCUCUGUUUCUGCAUCUCAAACCAGGCCCUCGCCGAGCCUUCAGCAACUGGUUAUGGGUUCGCAGCCGGGAGCCGUGUCGUGCACCGAGUGUCGCAUCAUCGUUAACAGCGUCGGCUCGCUGGAGAUCCACUUCCAGAGGAACACCUCUGAUUUGAAGUCUCCCUCGGUGUGUCCCCUGUGCGGGGUUUUCUUCCCAAACAAGUGCAUGCUGUGGGCCCACCAGCGCAUUCACAAGAACCUAGCCCCGUACACGUGUCCCGAAUGCGGGAAAUGGGAGAAGGGCGGGCGGGGCGUGUUUCUGAAACAUCUCCGCACGGCGUGCCACCAUUACGCACGUUCGAAAGGUUACAAGUGCACACACUGUGCAGCGGUGUACGACCACGUAAACCUCCUGAAAGCCCACGUGCAGAGCGCGCAUGCCGAGCAGUUCUUCAAGUGCCCCAUCUGUCCCAUGGCGUUCAAGGCCAUCCCCAACAUUAGGGUCCACAUACUGAACACACACGGAAACCAGGUGGCCGGAUACAGGUCUAUCUACAAGUGUCCAUUGUGUGACACGGUCUUUACUCAAACUACUCUGCUGUCCACCCAUUUAGAUACACACAUUAACGACAAGAGCAACCACAUUGUCAGCCACUUCCGCUGUCUGGAGUGCCACAAGUCGUUCGAUUCGAAGGAAACGUUCUUGCAGCACAUGCAGACAGGCCACGUGGUGGACAUGUCGGACAACAUCAUCUUGUGCGACCUCUGCAAGGCAUCGUUUCCCUCGCUAAUAGACAUGGAGAGCCACAAGAAGACGGCACACAGCGCAUACGCUAACCUCACCGCCCACACGUGCACCCAGUGCCAUCAGAAGUUCGGAUCGGCGCAGCAGUUGCUCGAUCACGAAUGCCGGCAGCAGGAAGACAACAACUUGGCAAGCAACGACAGAAGCGGCAAGAAACACCAGUGCAGUCUGUGUUCGUACGUCGCUAAGACCGAAAGCAACUUGGUGAAGCAUAUGAAGUUUCAUGAGAAGCAAGGCGUCUUCACGUGUCUGGAGUGUGGAAGGCAGCUAGCGAGUCAGGAGCUGCUGGCACAGCAUCUGCAGUCCCAUACGAAGGGUACCACCGUCCACAACUGCUCCGAAUGCAAAACGUCUUUCGUAAAGUUGAACCUCCUGCAUGCUCACAUGGCGAAGGAGCACCCCGCGGCCAAGAAGUAUCCCUGUUCGAUGUGUAACCGCACGUUUGAGAGCGUGCACAGCAUGAAGCGACACGUCCGGAUCAACCACCAGGGGAUGAAGCGCGUGUAUCGCUGCUGGUACUGCAAAGAGAAGCCCAUGUCGUACAGCAAGCGGAUCAUGCUGGAGAAACACAUCGUCUCCUUCCACGGCAUCGCUAGCGAGGACAUCGACUUCACUCAGAUGCCCGACCCAAAGCAGCCCGUGUCGCCGGACCAGGACGCUUCGACACGAAACGAGAAGCGUCGGAAAAACGGCGGGCAGCAGGGCGGGGCGGCGAAGAGGCCGAAACGAGCGAAGAUGGGAUUCCAUUGCGCCAAGUGCGAGUUUACCACAGAAGUAAAAGAGGAGUUUUUACAGCACUUCCCGCAGCACAGACUGAACCACACAUCCAUGCAGUGCAUGGAGUGUUCCACCAGCUUUCGCUCGGAGGAAGCGUUACGGAACCACCUGUUCGUCCAGCACGAGUACCGCGACCAGGACGAGCUGACCAGCGUCCUGUCAGAAAUGGUCGCCUACGCGGAGAAGGCCAACUCCCAGCAAGACGGCGGCGUCAAUGGCGUCGCAAAUCCGCACAACGAAUGUAGCGUGUGUUUCAAAAGGUUUGAUUCCGACUCAGCACUGAAGACUCACAUGAGAACACACGGCAUGGCAUUCAUCCGUUCAAAGAGGUCAAGUUCAAAUGACUAGUGAUAUCAAACAUCCCAGUACUCAGAAAGAUGGAAAAUCAUAAAAACCUUGAAAACCAGGUCUAUUACUAUUAGCAAUAUUUUUCUGUUGUGCAUAUUCCUGAUGUACAAUGUCACAUGUACAUAAUGUUUCAUAGCAGUAUUACCUAGGUAUGUAUUAUUUUGCAAAAAGGAAGAAUUCUCAGAUUUAAAAAAGUUAUAGGUUGAAGGGUCCUUACCAUAUGCAAAUGUGCUUGGUAUGUUAUUGAGUUAUAUCUGUUAAUUCGCAAUGUCAUUUGAAUAUUUUACAAUGUGUUUAUAGUUAAGCUAGAUUUUGUACAUGCCUGACAAAACUUGAUACUGGAAUACUAUAACAUGCAUUUGAGAUACUUUUAGUAGAAAGUACUUAGUGUUUAAAACUUGUUAAAAUGGAAUGAUGGACUGAUGUAGAACUAUUUUUUUUCCUUGAAUGAUUUUGAGGAAGCAGAGAGUAGCCAAGAAUACUUCAAGGAGCACAGUACACUGCCUGAUAGUAAAGUCAUCUUUUCUUCCAGCUGAAAAAUGUAGGUCUAAUGUCAUAUUUUGUUACAAAAAAAGAUGAAUAAUAAAGCUUGUUCACUAUUA